AUAAAAAACCCAUCAAUAAUCUGCACGCUAUAGCUAUACUUAUUUCAAUUUUCUGUCUCUCUCUCUCGACAGGAGUAGGAGUAUAAUUUAGUACAUGUGAUGGCUUUUAUAGUAUUUUAUUGAUUAUUAAUUUUGUAGUAGCAUUUAUUUGAAUUAGUAUGGGCUCUUUAUCUCCGCCCCAACGCCAGAGUUACGGUAAGGAGAGACAACGGAAGAAUAAGGGCGGCGGUGGAGUGGCGGAUGAGAGGAGAUGGCAGUUGACAAAAGUGUUGUUUAAUGUGAGCAUGCAAAACAGUUUGUGGCCGGUCCAAGUGAUGAUGUCGCCGGAAAACACCGUUAGGGAGCUCGUGAAGGCGGCGAUAUGCGUAUUCGCAGAGGAGAAGCAGCGGCCGGAGCUGCGGUGUGCUGAUCCCGGUAGCUACCAGUUGCAUUAUUCCCAGUUUAGCCUCGAAAGUUUAAAGCCAGAGUUGAAGUUGACGGACCUACGAUCUCGAAAUUUCUAUAUAAGUGCAAAAAAUGUCGAAUAUCGAGCAUUUUUUGAACACUCACCGAGCACAUGACCAUAUUAGUGACCAUUCCCAUGUUAUGUAAUGUUCCGAGACAUCAGCCGAGCCUAAGCGUGACUAUACGCUCAAUAAAUGUUACUAUUACUAUAUUUGAUGAACAUCGUUCAGUCUUCUUUGGUGUAAAAAAAUCGAGGAAAAUUUAAUGUAGUAGGAUACUAGUAUAUUUUUAUAUUGAAUGUGUUAUAGACCAAUUCUUUAUUUGACUA